AUGGGGAUAUUUGUGAGGCACGGGUGGGCCAGGCUAGGCCAACCCAAGGUGGCGGACUCGUCCGGGCCGCCCCAUAUCCACCCUACAUUUGGGCUGGAUAUGAGGGCGCCGGACAUCACAACCGGUUUAAGGCACCCGUCUGGUCCAAACCCUAGCUCGUUCCCCUCGCGCCGCCGGACGUGUCCGCCGCCGGCCGGACGAAGCCGCAGCCACCCCACGUCCGCCACGUGGCGCCCGCCGCCGCCCGUACCGCGCCGGCCCGCCGCGGGCCCGCGGGCCCGCGCCACCGGCGCCCGCAUCCGCGCCCGCUCCUCCGGGCCCCGCCGCCGUCUCCUCGCCGCCCUGCUCGCCGCCGGCCGUCGCGCCACCGCCGACGCCUCACGCCGCCGCCUCAUCGCCGUCUUCCGCCGCCCCGCCUCCCGCCGGGCCCCGCGUCGGCGUCCUCCCGCGCCGGCCCCGCCGUCUCCUCCCUCCGCCGCCGCACGCCGCCCCGCCGGCGUCCCCGCCGGCCCUUUCUCCGGCGAGCUUCGGCCCGAGCUCGAACCCUCGUGA